AUGUUCAAGGUUGAUUCUGACGGGUCGGCAAUUACGUAUCACAUCCCCGUGGGUCCUUUUGUGCCGCUGCAGCACGACAAGAUCGAGGUCACGACGGUGAACCGCCUGGCGAAUUUUGGCAUGCGGUUUGCGAUGGAGCACGGCUGGUGCUACUUCCGCCGCAGCAGCGACCGCGCCCAGCACGCCGGUGCGGCGGUCGACGAGGGGUACGUGGAGCCUGGCGAGGACGUCACCGUCUUCUUCGCCGGCGUGGAGGCGGAGCUGGUGGGGGAGCUGCCGAAGUUCGACGGCAAAAUUACCCCCGCCUCCCUCUUCUUUUGGGGCCAGUUCUGGGUCUCGCACGUGGGCAGCAGCAGCUUCGGCAUCUACGGCAAACUUUUCCACUACGACGCCGCCACCGAGGCGGACAAGGUCCCGAUUGGUGUGUUCAAGCUCACCGGUGUGACGGUCUCCAAGACGAGCCGCAGGCCGGUGCCCAUCCCAAAGGACAGGGCAGCGGUGCUGCAGGAGACGAUGCAGCGACACCAGCCAACGACAAGCCUGCCGCGUGUGGCGCGCAUCGACGUUGCCGACAUUCUGGCACGCUCAGGCCUCUUUGCGGAUAAGACGUGCUGCAAAAUGGUGGAUCCACUUCCCACGCACGCCUCCGUGGCCCCGCUGCAGGUUGCCUACCGCCGCGAGUUUCACAUCCGCCAAAGCGACAUCGACUUCAACAGGCACGUCAACCAGAUGGCACUGAUUCAGCUGGUCAUCAACGCCUUCCGCUCGGCGCUGGCCGAUGAAACAACGAUCUUCCCGCGUCUGCUUGACACCGGUGUCAGCGCCAUCGUCGGAGAUCUGCUCCUCCGGCGCCUCCGCAUCGAUUACGUUCGGGAAACCCCCAUGGACCACCGAUCGGUGGUCAUCGCGUUGUUUUUUGCGCAGCCCGCGUCAAGAGACGCCGCCAUCGCUUCCUCCGCGGGAAGUCGUCGCAACGAGGCGGCGGAGUUGUGCUUCCUUGCGCAGGGCGUCCCGGACGGCGGGGCGCCUCCGCACAUCGCCGCCGUUGGAAACCUCAGCGUGUGUUGUUAA